AUGAUGCUGAGCUCCCGCCGCUCAGACGCCUCCGGCGCUGGCACACUCGUCGUGUCUCAGGCUGAACUCCUCAGGCUGGCGAGAGCUGGUAAACUGUUCACUAAUGUCCAAAUCACCGUUCAACCGGGCGACCGCGAUGCACGAGAAUAUCCCCUAUCGGUGGGCAAUAUCCAUUCGGUGGAGAAAUUGGAAGAAGUUCUAAGCAUCCAACGUCGGUCUCCUUCUAUUUGUGGAUUUGAUCUUCCGCACGCUGCCUUCGUGUUCGUUGUGAUAAGCUUUUUCGUAGUCUAUAUCGCGCUGCUUCUGCUCAACGGGUCGGACGACAAGAUGGCGCUGCCCAACCCUGCCCACUUGCUUCUGUCCGCACCUCGCUGA